AAUAUCCCAAACAUCUCUUUUUUAUUCUCUCCUCUCUCUUUCUUUGUCAUUCAUGGCUCCAAAUUCAGUAGCAGUGACAAUGGAGAAGCCAGACAACUUCUCUUUGUUAGAAAUCAACGGUUCAGAUCCAUCCGCAUUCCCCGACAAGCGUAAAUCCAUCAGUCCAAAGCAAUUCUCAUGGUUCCUCCUUCUCAAAGCUCAUAGAGUCGUCUCGUGUCUCUCGUGGCUCGUAUCUUCGGUUAAAAAGCGAAUCGCGUUCUCCGCGAAGAACAUAAACGAAGAAGAAGAUCCUAAAAGCAGAGGAAAACAAAUGUACAGAUUCAUCAAAGCUUGUCUUGUUAUCUCCAUUAUUGCCUUGUCUAUAGAAAUCGUCGCGCAUUACAAGAAAUGGAAUCUUGAUCUCAUUAACCGACCGUCUUGGGAGGUUUAUGGCCUUGUCGAAUGGUCUUACAUGGCUUGGCUUUCGUUUCGAUCCGAUUAUAUUGCUCCUCUUGUCAUCAGUCUCUCAAGAUUCUGCACUGUCCUCUUCUUGAUUCAGUCUCUUGAUCGAUUAGUCCUCUGUCUUGGUUGCUUCUGGAUCAAAUUUAAAAAGAUCGAACCUAAGCUCAAAGACGAAUCUAUCGAUUUAGAAGAUCCCUCCAGUUUCCCAAUGGUUCUUGUUCAGAUCCCAAUGUGCAACGAACGAGAGGUAUAUGAACAAUCAAUAGGAGCAGCUUCACAACUUGAUUGGCCAAAGGAUAGAAUCUUGAUUCAAGUUCUAGACGAUUCAGACGAUCCAAAUUUACAACUUUUGAUCAAAGAAGAAGUAUCGGUUUGGGCCGAAAAAGGCGUAAACAUAAUUUACAGGCAUAGGUUGAUCAGAACUGGUUACAAAGCUGGGAAUUUGAAAUCAGCCAUGACUUGUGACUACGUUAAAGAUUACGAGUUCGUUACAAUCUUCGACGCAGAUUUUACACCAAAUCCUGAUUUCCUCAAGAAGACUGUUCCUCAUUUCAAGGGAAAUCCAGAACUAGGACUGGUACAAGCAAGGUGGUCAUUUGUGAACAAAGAUGAGAAUCUCCUCACAAGGCUACAAAACAUAAACUUAUGUUUCCACUUCGAAGUAGAACAACAAGUGAACGGUGUGUUUCUCAACUUUUUCGGUUUCAAUGGAACCGCUGGAGUAUGGAGAAUCAAAGCAUUGGAAGAAUCCGGCGGGUGGCUCGAGAGAACGACCGUGGAAGAUAUGGAUAUCGCGGUUAGAGCGCAUCUCAACGGCUGGAAAUUUAUUUACCUCAAUGAUGUUGAAGUCACUUGUGAGUUACCUGAGUCUUAUGAAGCUUACAAGAAGCAACAACAUCGUUGGCAUUCGGGUCCUAUGCAGCUGUUCCGGUUAUGCCUUCCUUCAAUUAUCAAAUCAAAGAUAUCGGUUGGGAAGAAGGCGAAUUUGAUCUUCCUUUUCUUUCUUCUAAGGAAGCUUAUUCUACCUUUUUACUCAUUCACACUCUUUUGCAUCAUACUUCCAUUGACAAUGUUCAUACCUGAAGCCGAGCUUCCGUUGUGGAUCAUCUGCUAUGUUCCUAUCUUCAUUUCGCUUCUCAACAUUCUUCCGUCGCCUAAAUCUUUCCCUUUCUUAGUCCCUUACCUCCUUUUCGAAAACACAAUGUCGAUAACCAAGUUCAACGCCAUGAUCUCCGGGCUGUUCCAGUUCGGAUCGGCUUACGAGUGGGUUGUGACAAAGAAAACCGGGAGAUCAUCGGAAUCCGACUUGCUAGCGUUUGCUGAAAAGGAAGAGAAGUUGCAUAGAAGAAACUCGGAGUCCGGUUUGGAGCUUCUGAGCAAACUUAAGGAGCAAGAGACCAAUCUUGUAGGGCAAGAAACCGUGAAGAAGAGCCUUGGAGGGGUAAUGAGGCCAAAGAACAAGAAAAAGACGAACAUGGUGUUCAAGAAAGAGCUUGGGCUUGCGUUCUUGCUGCUAACCGCAGCUGCAAGGAGCUUUCUAUCGGCGCACGGUCUUCACUUCUACUUCUUGCUGUUUCAGGGACUGUCUUUCUUGGUUGUAGGGUUGGAUUUGAUCGGAGAACAGAUCAGCUAGAUUCACACUAAAUCAAGACAGAGAACAAGGAAACAAAUACCGUUUAUAUUCGCUAUUUUUUUGUUUGUUUUUUUAUUCUUUUCCCUUUCUUAUAUGUGGGUUUUAUACAUAAUUUUCAAGAACUUAUAAUGUCCAGUUUCAGAUAAAUGAAUUGAAACGAAUUUG